AUGCGGGACUUGAUCGUCGUUAGCUCGGAUGGCUCCAGGACGCUAAAAAACGAGGAGGAAGUGGAAAGAACCUUCGGGGGAAAGGCAGGAGGGUUGCUGGCUAAACGCAUCUUCGACGCGGCCCCGGAUGAGUGGAAGCAGUUGUUGCUGGCGCCGGUCACGGCGGGGAAAAUGAUGGAGGUGUCUGGCUUCGUGCUGAAAGCAGGGACCCGCCAUGGCUUGUGGAAGAUUGUCAGUGCGGAUGGGAACUCACUAGUCUGCCAAGCGGUCAGCUGCUUCUCUGGGGUGCUGGGGGUGCGGAGGAGCGCUACUGCACGUUCCAGGGCGCAUGGGCAGCAGCGUGCGGUGCAGCAGCGCGCAGGGCACCAGGGUGCGCAGGGCAGCGGGGCGCGCAGGGCAACGGGGCGCGCAGGGCAGCAGGGCGCUCAGGGCAGCGGGGCAGGCACAGCGCACGGGCGGCAGGGCGCGCAGGGCAGCAGGGCGCGCGGGGCAGGCGAGGCGCACGGGCAGCAGCGCACGGGGCAGCACGGCGCGCAAGGCAGCGGGGCGCGCAGGGCAGUGGGGCGCGCAGGGCAGCGGGGCGCGCAGGGCAGCGGGGCGCGCAGAGCAGCGGGGUGCGCAGGGCAGCAAAGCGCAGUGCGCGCAGGGAAGCAGGGCGCGAAGGGCAGCAGGGAGCGCGGGGCAGCGUGGCGCGCGGUGCAGUGCCGCGCAGGGAAGCGGGGCGCGCUGGACACGCAGGGCAGCGGGGCGCGUGGUGCAGCGGGGCGCGCGGGGUAG